AGAAAUCGAAAGAAGAAGAAGAAGAAGAAGAAGAAUGAUCCGACGCAGCAGCAUUUGAUUUGAUUUGCGUUUGGGCCCCUCCGCCGAUCCCUCUAUUUUCUUCCCUCACUCACAUAACUAUCUCUUCGCCGGUCGGGAGUUCUCUCCUGUCUUUCCAGUUCCAGAUUCGCUUUGGGACUGCAGGCUCUUCUUUUCGCCAACUUCCGCUUAAUAUUUUAUAGCUAAACACAAUGUUUGGUUCUACUAGCCCUUUUGGGCAGUCAUCAAAUAGCCCAUUUGGGUCUCCAUCAGUUUUUGGGCAGACUAGCAAUGCAAACCACAACCCUUUUGCUCCAAAGCCCUAUGGUAGCAGCACCACUCCAACCCCUUUUGGUGCUUCACAAACGGGGACUUCCAUAUUUGGCGGCACUUCCACGGGUGUUUUUGGUGCCCCUGCCGCCGCUCAAUCUUCGUCUCCAUUUUCUUCUGCACCCGCUUUUGGAGCUUCGUCCGCACCCGCUUUUGGAGCUUCCUCCGCACCCGCUUUUGGAAGCUCAUCGUCUUCAUUUGGUGGAUCUUCUGUAUUUGGUCAAAAGCCUGUUUUUGGAGCCUUUGGGUCAACGCCAUCUCAAACAAGUCCUUUUGGAAGCACAGCUCAACCAUCACAGCCUGCAUUUGGGAGCAGUUUAUUUGGUUCCUCCACACCUUUUGGUGCAUCAAGCCAGCCUGCAUUUGGAGCUACAAGCACACCAGCCUUCAGUGCUACGAGCGCGCCUGCUUUCGGUGCUACGAGCGCGCCUGCUUUCGGUGCUACGAGCGGGCCUGCUUUCGGUGCUACGAGCGCUCCUGCUUUCGGUGCUACGAGCGCUCCUGCGCCUGCUUUCGGUGCUACGAGCGCCCCUGCUUUCAAUGCUACGAGCGCGCAUGCUUUCGGUGCUACGAGCGCCCCAGCCUUUGGUUCAACAUCAAGUCCGGCAUUUGGUAACACUGGAAGUGCAUAUGGUGUUUCAAGUACACCUUUGUUUGGAUCUGGGGGAGCUUUUGGUGCCUCAAGUGGUCCAGCGUUUGGUGCCUCGAGUACUCCAUCCUUCAGCUUUACGUCCUCGCCUGCUUUUGGCCAAUCAACUUCUGCCUUUGGCAGCAGCCCUUUUGGCACUUCUACUUCUCCUUUUGGAGCUCAGAGUUCUGGGUUUGGAGCCCAGUCAACAACUCCAUUUGGGAACACUGGCUUUGGCCAGUCAGCCUUUGGGGGUCAACGUGGGGGGAGUAGAGUUGCUCCAUACUCACCAACACCCGAACCAGAUAAUAGCAGUAGUGGUACAGGUGCAGCAGCUGGAAAGUUAGAGUCAAUAUCAGCUAUGCCUGUUUACAAAGAUAAAAGCCAUGAAGAACUGAGAUGGGAGGACUAUCAGUUGGGAGAUAAAGGUGGAUCAACACCCACUGCUCAAUCCACAGGGAUUUUUAGUUCAUCUACUUCACAGCCAAGUGUUUUGGGUCCUUCACCUUCAUUUACUCAAUCAUCCUCAAGUCUAUUUUCUAACACCACUUCUUCUAAUCUAUUUGCUCCAAAACCUCCAGUCUUUAGUAGUACAGGUUUUGGGCCGAUGCUGGGCUCAUCACCCAGCCUUUUCACCUCUACUGCAUCAACCCCUUCACUGUUUGGAACAACUUCAUCUCCAUUUACAUCCAAUUCAUCUCCAUCACCAUUUGCAUCAAGCUCACCUGGGUUUGGACCGCCGUCAGCAUUUACUUCUAAUGUUCCAACAUCAGCCCCGACAUUCAGUACCAGUCUGUUCAACUCCACUGCAUCUCCAAUUGCUCAGACAAGUAGUGGUUUUGGACAAUCUACCUCUGCCUUUGGGCCAAGUACAACUUCUUCCUUUACUCAAUCAAUCUUAUUUAGUACUCCAUCCUCGGGUUUUGCAAAUACCUUUUCAAGCACUCCAUCACUUACUCCCCCAACAAACCCUUUCGCUCAAACAGCUCCAUCUUUUCCUUCACCAUUUUCAGCAGUUCAGCCUGCUCAGACAACUAGCUCUCUCGGGUUUAGUGCUUUUCCCCAGCCUCAACCAGCCAAUACGACUGGUGGUGCAAUGGGCUUGUUUGGGAAUUUGCCUGCCACUCAAAGUCCUGCUGUUGUGCAGCCAGUACCUGCUUCAAAUCCCUUUGGAACACUCCCGGCAAUGCCUCAAAUGUCAAUUGGUCGUGGAGGAACUGCACCGUCUGUUCAGUAUGGAAUAUCUAGCAUGCCAGUGCUAGACAAAGCUGCUCCUGUUAGAAUAUCGCCGCUGUUGACUUCUCGACACUUGUCACAAAGGCGAAUCAGGUUGCCUGCUAGGAAAUAUGAUCCAAAGAGUGAUGGUGCGAAGGUUCCUUUUUUUAGUGAUGACGAGGAAACGGCCAGCACACCAAAAGCAGACGCUUUAUUCCUUCCUAGGGAAAACCCUAGAUCACUUGUCAUCCGUCCCGCAGAGCAGUGGCCUUUGAAGUUUAGUGCUGAUAAAGCAUUCCAAUUCAAGGAUACUUCCCCAAUACAUGAGAAUGGUAAUGGAAAAUCAUCUGAAGAUGUGCAUCCUGCCGCUCCUGUGUUUGGUGGUGGUGGUUUCAACUCUGAAGACAAAGAUAAAGAUUCACGUGAAGAUGGUCUUGUUCAGGAGAAAGUCAAUCUUGUCAAAGUGAACCAGAAAUCUAAUGAAGUACAUGAUGACCAUACUAUUCAGAAGGGGGAUUCUUAUAUGACCCUAAGUGGGCACAGAGCUGGCGAGGCUGCUAUUGUGUAUGAGCAUGGCGCAGACAUUGAGGCUCUAAUGCCGAAGCUCCGGCGCUCUGACUACUACACAGAGCCACGGAUCCAAGAACUGGCUGCCAAGGAAAGAGCAGAACCAGGGUUCUGCCGCCACGUCAAGAAUUUUGUGGUUGGACGGCAUGGUUAUGGUAGCAUCAAAUUCUUUGGUGAGACAGAUGUGAGGCGGCUUGAUCUUGAGUCCCUUGUUCAGUUCAACAAUCGCGAGGUGAUUGUGUACAUGGAUGACAGUAAGAAACCUCCUGUGGGGCAAGGCCUUAAUAAGCCUGCUGAGGUAACAUUGCUUAACAUCAAAUGCUUCGACAAAAAGACGGGUCGUCAGUAUACAGAAGGGCCGAAAAUUGAGAAAUACAAGGAUAUGCUUAAGAGGAAGGCAGAGGACCAAGGGGCCGAGUUUGUAUCCUAUGAUCCCGUCAAAGGAGAGUGGAAGUUUCGGGUCAAUCACUUCAGCGAGUACAAGCUGAGAGAGGAAGAUGAAGAUGGUUUCGACGUGCAUGAUGACACAGCUUAGCUUUCUGAUGGGAAACUUGUUCCAAAGAUGGAUUAGAUGGAUGAGGUGGGAAAUGUCAGUUGUGUGUGAUUUUGUGCUUUUGUUUGAUAUUAUAGGGCGAGGAUGUCUUGGAUAAGGCUUUAGAUCAUUUUCGUUUGUAAAGAAUUUAGGGAGAUUUGGCGAUACCUGCUUCAGCCAUGGCACUGUAUAUCUCAAGCAUUAUUUUCUUUUUUUUGGGUUUAA